CAUUUUUGAGUGGAUUACAGAGCUCGGGAAUAGCGUGGGCUUCAAGAAAAUGUCCCCUAUAGAAGGGUAGAGUUGUGUGAAGUGCACAUUUCAUACAGAAUUGCUUCUCACUGCUUUCUCCUCGCCGUUAGACGAGUGUGUAUGUGUGCUCCGUUCUCUGUCAGAGUGAUAUGUCUCCUCUGAAUAAUACCUGAGGAUUGUCACAUGUGUCUAUAGACCUAUUUCCAGCUGUACCUACCUGCCGGGGACAGUCUGACACCUGUUAACACUUAAAUGAUGCUUUAGAGAAAAGUCACCAAACUAUGGAUUUCGGAUAUUGGAAUGUAUGUGAACAAACAGUUGUUCUCCAAGGAGCACUGUUUCUAGCAGAGAAACUUGCCGUAAACAAAUCCUUACUGGAAUUUAAGAAGUCUGACUGGCCUCUCAUUGAAAAGCCAAUAACUGAUGUUCUAAAGGAGAUCAGCUCAGGUACCUGGUCACAAAGCCACGGAUGGAGGAAAAGAGCCAUCGCUAUAUUUUGGGCCAAAAUAAUUUCUUGCCGGUCACAGCUGUCCCAGGAUGCUGAACUGGACAUCGAGAGGAAGUGGAAAGAGGAUGUUUUUUUUCCAGUGGGAAACAUGAUGCCAAAAAUAAAUAAUACAUUUCUGUAUGAACUGCUGAAAGCUACGAAGGCAGCAGAUAUAUUUGCAGAGCUGCUCUUGGCACUGCCAGCAGAGUUUUGGGUGAAUGAAGUAGCCUUGUUGCUAGACCAUCUUUGUGAUGAACCAUCUAUAGAGGAUGUGACUUUCUUUCUGGAUGUGUGGUGGGAACUAAUGAAAGGUUAUAAGCACAGACAGGAUGAGACUGUUGGGAUAUUUUCAGCUGUUGCAUGUCAGUACUUGUCUAAAACAAAUGAUGAACUUUUGCCAAGCUCAAAAAGAUUUAAACCUGACCCUGAGCAGGUUUUACCUCCAGAUAAUAUUCUUACAGAAAUUACGGAUAGACUUAAUAAAAUUAGGCCAUACAUUGCUAAUGCCAAGGUGAAGUGCUGCACAAUUGCUAACUUGGCAGACAUGUUAUGCUCCUCUGCAUUCCUAGAAAAAGAGUCCGGGCAUCUUCCCGUAAGGCAGUACUUGGAGAAACUGGUUGCUGUCCUAUGUUUUUGUAAUACUGGAACCAAAAACCUCCAUCCCCAAAGCUACCUCCCAAAAACUAUAAGGGAAGCAGAGAGAGUUGUUCAGAGUGGAAACAUAGCUUCCAAAUUCAGAUUAUCAAAAGAGGCUCAGCACUUUAGUUUAAAUUUACUCCAAGAUCUGCUUCUUCAGUGGGGAGAAGAACUGCAAAAUUAUAUUAAUAACAAUGAAGAUAUUGGGUACGAGUGUUACAGAAUGAACAGCAGCCUAGCAUCCUUGCAGAAAAUUCUGUUUGCAUUGGAAUGUCCAGAGCAAAGGGAGAAUGGUUUAGAAAUGGCAAAGUAUAUCGCCAGCCUACAGGAGAAGACUGCAAUGGGUCUAAUAAAGUACACAAGAAAUGACACUGAUGCAAUGGCAGCCGUUGCCAUGAACAUAAUUAAGGAUAAGAUGGACCGCUAUGAAGAAGUUUGCGAUUUCUUUGCUUCAGAAGUUGCCUGGGCAUUUACUAAUUACUGGUUCAAUUGCCUUGAUAAGAACAAGGAACUGUUUCGGGAUGCAGACCUGAUUUUUAAAUUGCUGGAAACGGUGGAUAAAGCUACAUCAGAGCAAAGCAAUCAAAAUAUCAAGCAAAUUGAAAAGUGUGCCAGUAUUGUUUUAGAUCUGUACUGUGAUCUCCCUUUAGAAAAGAUGAAUAAUGUGCUUCUAAGAGUGUUAUGUAGAUGGGGAAAAAAAGGGCUGUCUCAUUGUAUGAUGGCAUUUACAGAUCACUUUCAGGAAGAGCUCAACAUGACAUUCAAUCAGAUCUCCCGGAAAGUAACAAAUGACAACCCAGUUGCUAGAGUGGCCAGACUGGCUCUGUUGCACCCUGAACAAGUGGUCAGCAAAGCAUGCCACAUUGCUGUGACCAACCUUGGUGCUCAUGUCUUUUUAUCAAAGAUACUGAUUUCACUUCCUGCCUUAGGUUUUAGGAAUUCUAAUAACACAGACUCAUUAAUCUGCCAGUGCUUGAUGGAAACCUGCUGGGGUAAACUUUCCUCAGAUAAGGAAGAAAGUCAAUUUUUAUACUUGCUGACUUAUUUAAUGGGAUCUUCUGAAAAUGCAGAGAAUAACGCAGCAUCUCUACUGCAGCCAUCAGACGUGGUAAGGACAUUUGUUCUUCCAUACCUACUUGAUGAAUGUGUUCAUUUGAAUUCCUGUUUGCAUAUUCUUCAAAAGGCACUUGGUGUAGAGAAUCCAAUAGAUCCCUCUGGCAAGCACUGGGUUCUCUCCUGCUCACCAUUUCCACUUAUGAUGUCUCUAUGUAAACUCCUCAAUAGCUAUAGUAGGUGCUGGCAGCAUUCUGAUCAACCAUAUUGCCUUACAUUGGAAUCCAAAGAGUUAAUCAUUGAAAUUCUUACUCAGAUAUAUAUUUUUAUCUUGCCAGAGGCUGAUAAUAGUACAGAAACUUGGAAUAAGUCACUCUUCUGGCUACACAGAAAAAUGGAGCACUUAGAUUGGGUUGUACGGUUGAGACUGAAGCCAAUAUUUGGAAAGCACUUUAAGUAUGAAGUCCCGGCUUCUUUGUUUGAGGUUUGCAAACUUUCAGAGGACGAGUGGACGCCACUUCACCUUCCAGAGUAUGGGCUGGGAACAGGUCUUUUGGCUUGGAUGGAAUGCUGUUGUAUAUCAAAAGACAUGAAAGACCAAAUGCUGUCCCUUUUGUGUGUCAACAUAGAGGACCCAGAGGAGGUCAAUUUUUUUAGCAAGGGGUUCUUGGUGGCCAUGGUUCAAGUCCUUCCUUGGUGCAGUUCAACUGAAUGCAAGCUUCUCAGUCAAGUUGUGAGGACGCUCCUUGAAAAACAACUUCUCCAUGUGCCAUAUACUCUUGAAUAUGUGCAGUACAUGCCUCUUCUUAACCUCCGUCCAUUUGCCUACCAUCUGCAGUACUCUGUCCUCCUCUUACGAGUUUUCCAGCUCCUCUGCAGCUCUAGCUGUUCUAAUUGGCUUACCCUUGAUGGCCAAAAGCAUAUUGCAAGGCUUUACAGUGGCUGUGUCUCAGAUAUAUUGGAUGGGGUUAAAAAGCAGUUGUUGGACUGUAGUCUUCAGUUGCAGAAGGAACAGAACGAAGCAGAAUUUGUUCAGGAGGUUUUGUUCAUUUAUAGUCAAGUAUUCUGCCAUGUCCUCCAUAUUAUAGCAAUGAUGUUGGAAAACACAUGUGAACCUCUUUUCUUUUUGUCCCUUGAAAUUCUUACCUUGUAUGAGACCCUAAGAGCUAGUGAUACUUCUAAAAACAGCUUGCUCAGAAAAGCAAAUGAUAGGCAUUUCUUAAAGUCCAUCACUGAGGGCUUGAGUAAUGAGCACCAUCGGGCCACUCUGAUGCAGAAAAUUAACAAACUUUAAACAGCAGGUGAUUGAAAAAGAUCUGUAAGUGUACAAGCUGAGAACGAUUACACAGACCAAUUUAAACCAGCCAUGGAAAAUGAUAAGGCAUAACAUUUGCUUUACCUCAUUUAGCAUAUGCACAUUACACAAUAAAACUUAUGACAUGGUUUAUACUCCUAAUGCAAGCAAAGCACGCAAUCAAACCAAUGUCUGAUUUAAAUACUACAUUAUAACAUCCAGUUCAAUAAAUAUGUCAGUCACACAAGAGCAAUACAAUCAUUUGUUCUAAUUACAGAAAGGUUUUACCUUUUAAAGAUACCUGUAUGGGGAAUUAUGCCAUUGCCGACCUUCCUUAUGAAAAUAAUAGUUCCCUGUUUCUCAUUAUGAUCCAAAGGCUUCAGUACAUUUUCAGUCACUGACAUGGAACAAGUAUGCCGGUUAGAAGCUCUGACUUGGGCUCCUUUCACACGGACGGACCGUUCAGGUCCGCCUGUCAGUUUUGACGGCGGACCUGAACGGCCGCUCCAUGCAUCUC